AUGAAAAGAAUGAGAACGGCUGCAGACUCUGAUAGUGCUACACCAGAGAGUGAUGUUGAGAAUUCGUAUAACACUGACAACGAAGUGGAAACUGAUUCUGCGUCAGAGAGUGAUUCUGAUAAUGUAGAUGAUACUAAUAGUGAAGUAGGUGAUGAAUACGAAAACGAUCCCAUGGGUUCCUUUACAAGCUGA